AUAAUGAAGGACCGGCAUCAGCUAAAGUUCAGGAUGUAGAUAUGACAGAGGCAGUGGAAGGUGAAAGUGAAGAAAUCUCUAAUCUAACAGGUGAGGUAAGAAAAUUAUCUGUAGAUGACGGUAGAGCUAUCCCCCAAAGUAAAAUGAAAUCCAUAGAAUCUGAAAAAGUGCAAGGUUUAAUAAAAGAACUGUCUAUGCAUCAUGAACCAAUUGAUGAUAAUGAUAGAGAAAAUAAAACCAGAGAAUUGAAACCAAAAACUUUACUCCAGUUAUAUUAUAAUGCAAGCUAA